AGGGAUAAUAGGAACUUCCUCGCAGCACAAUCCAAUCGGGCAAACAAGAUGUAUCGAAUUGACCGUCUCAAUAACAUAGUCAAAAUCAAAUUCCUAGGAACUCUAAAUCCAAUCUUCACCAGUUUGAAAAAGAGCCACGUGACUCAAACAUUAAGAGACCAGCACAGCACAUGCAGCAUCUCUCACGGAACAAAACUUAACCAUAAGGUAUAUUCAACUACAACCAGCUUCAAAUGUUUCACAACAGGGAAUUUCAUUGUAUGUGAUCCAAUGGAAAAUUCAAAUUCAGAUGUGAUACCUGAAGAAGCAAAGUUGAAAUUAAAGAAAUUAGCAUCAGAAUGGGAUGAUAUAGUAGAUCCAAAUGCAUUAAAUAUUAUCAGAUUAAAAGGUGCUAUGACUAACAUGGUGUAUCAAAUCAAAUGGCCAAGUAGGAAUCCAGAACAACAGAGAUCUAGGAAAGUGUUGGUGAGGAUCUAUGGGAAAGGUGUUGAUGUGUUCUUUGAUCGACAAAAUGAAAUUAGGAUUUUUGAGUUUAUGUCUAAGCAAGGACAAGGUCCAAGAUUGCUUGGUCGAUUUCAGAAUGGUCGUAUUGAGGAGUUUAUUCGAGCUCGGACACUAUCAGCUCCUGAUCUGCGUGAUCCAGAGAUAUCUUCCUUGAUAGCUGCCAAAAUGAGAGAAUUUCACGAGCUUGAUAUGCCUGGUCCUAAGACCGUCAUCCUUUGGGAUAGACUGCAAAAUUGGCUUAACGUGGCCAAAGGUCUCGCUUCUGCUGAAGAAGCUAAGGACUUUCGGUUGGACCUUCUACAAGACGAGAUCCAAUCGUUGGAAAAGAAUCUUGCUGGCAAUAAUCUAAGCACGGGAUGCUGCCACAAUGACUUGCAGUAUGGGAACAUAAUGAUGGAUGAAGAGAUAAGAUCAAUAACCUUUAUUGACUAUGAAUAUGCUGGUUACAACCAUGUUGCAUUUGAUAUAGCUAAUCAUUUUUGUGAAAUGGUUGCUGAUUACCAUACAGAAACACCUCAUAUUAUGGACUUCAGCAAGUAUCCUGGCUUGGAGGAGCGAAAAAGAUUUUUAAGUGCAUAUCUAAGUAGUUCAGGUAGCUCUCCCAGUGAACAGGAGCUGGAGAAAUUAGCUCAAGAAGUGGAGAAGUAUACUCUUGCCACUCAUCUUUUUUGGGGUCUAUGGGGAAUAAUAUCGCAUCAUGUCAAUAAGAUAGACUUCGAUUACUUGGAGUAUGCUAGGCAGAGGUUUAAGCCAUAUUGGUCAAAGAAACCUGAGCUAUUGGGAUCUUCAGGUUCCAAGAGAGGUUAACAUGAAACCAAGGACUUCAUUGAUCCAUUUGCUGAUUUACAGAGAGUAGUUGUUAUCCCUUGGGGUUUUGCCUGAAGAAAAAGACUUACUCUUUCUUUUAUGGCAUGCCUUCUUUUAUUGAAAAAUAGAAACUCUUGAUGGAAUUUUGCUGGUGAUAGUGUUUAUCAGCUAAGUCUAGGAUUAGAUCAUCAAGUGUAUGAGCAUUUCUGUCAAAUUUUGCUUGGUUAUCUUGUGUAAAUCUCUACAGAAUGAUGUUGAAUUUUGUUUUAUUUUCCUUUUGCUGAAAUAAUACAUAUGCAAGUCUAUUUGUUUA